UUGCGCCGCCAUCUUGACGACCGAUCCCACCCACUGACCCACUGAUUUCAGUGGUAACUCAGUCAACACCAACAGCAACACCUGCGACCACAAUCCACCGACAGUCAUGCCGGCAAUUUGUUGUGCAGUGGGCUGUAACAACAGCCGUACGAGGAACCCCGGCUUGAUUUUUUAUUCGUUACCAACCGAAAAAUCAAGAAGAGAUAAGUGGUUAGCCGCAAUAAGACGAGAUCAUUGGGCGCCCACAUCUCACAGCUUGCUGUGCUCGGAGCACUUUGUGUCAGGAGCAAAACAGGACAACCCCUUGAGCCCUGCUUUUGUGCCCAGCCUGUUUGCACAUACCUCUGUGAGGGAGAGGGAAAAGCAAAAUUACGUCUUCCAAAAGUUUCUGAAGACUCAGCAGAGGAAGCGCAAGAUCCGCGAGACCAGCAUAUGUCUUGCUGACCCUUCAACCACCGAUGUUGCUGACAUGGAGGAGCAUGAAGUCACUACUGACCACAACACUGACCACAGUUAUUCAAGAGACACAGGCCCUGGCAUUGUAGAACCAUGUGUGAAUCCAUCCUGCCAGGCUACAACAUUUGCAUUGGAAAGUGAGUGUGCGCGGCUCCGAGCUGAGGUCAGUGGGUUAAGGGCUAGGGUAGAGGAGCGGUCCUUGAAUGAGGAGGCAUUCAGGGACAAUGACACCAUGGUGCAGGAUCUAACAGGUCUUCCAACCUUCGCCAAAUUAAUAGUUUUGUUUAACUUUGUUCAGAAGUUUAUAAAAGUUGGACAAUCAAUCACCCCAUUCCAAUGUUUGAUCCUAACAUUAAUGAGACUGAGGCUUAAUGUGCCGCUUCACUUUUUAGCUUUUUUUUUUGGAUUUUCUAAGUCAACUGCUGUCAGAGUGUUUAACAGCACAUUAGAUGUAUUGUUUUUCAGAUUAUCAGAACUUAUCGUAUGGCCACCUAAAGAACAAAUUCAAAUUAGUCUCCCAAUGUGUUUUCGCAAUAACUUUAAAAACUGCACCUCCAUAAUUGAUUGUUUUGAAAUAUUUAUAGAAAAGCCAAAGGACCUGAGAUGCCGUGCACAGACAUACUCACAAUAUAAGCACCACAACACCGCAAAAUUUCUGAUCUCAAUUACACCACAAGGUGUUAUAUCCUAUGUGUCAAAAGGUUGGGGGGGUCGCACAAGCGACAAGCACAUAACAGAAAAUUGUGGAUAUCUUGAUAAUUUGUCACCAGGAGAUGUCAUUCUAGCUGAUAGAGGUUUUAAUGUUAAAGAUACCAUGGGUCUGUAUUGUGCUCAGCUGAAAAUACCGGCAUUUACCAAAGGCAAGACACAGCUGCAUCCACUGGAGCUAGAGGCAACAAGGGGACUGGCAGCUGUCAGGAUCCAUGUGGAGAGAGUCAUUGGCCUGGUGAGGAAUAAGUACACUAUUCUUCAGACCACCAUCCCUCUGACACUCUGCCAAGCCGCUUCGCAUGGACAGCCUACCUCCAUCGACAAAAUGGUGACAGUUUGCUGUGCUCUGUGUAAUAUUUGCCCAUCAGUCAUCCCUACAGAGUAGAGACGUGGUACAAUUGUUUUCUCUGACUCGGAACUACAUAGACCAACUACUAUACAUAGUUAUUAAAAAAUAUAUUUUUAUUGUUCAUUUAUGUAUGGAACGCAUUUAUUUGCCACAUUGCUACAAACACAAUGGUUAAAAAAGAAUUUAAUUCAAUUGAAUAAAUCAAAACAAAAAAAAUGUUUCUGGAUACCAAACUCAUUUCUUUUGUUCUACACAUUUCCAACUCUUUGGCACCCUGCUCAGCUUCAGACAUGACUUGUGGAACUUCUUUCGUUUGCAUUGCCCAGAUGUGCAAGAAAGAAUGUCUGCUUCAUCAAUAGGGUUUCCACAGUAACAUCCCUCAGGUGCUGUCUCAAAAUUAGCACUUGAGAGGCGUGGCACAGUAAACCAUUUACCCAACAGCUCAGGCAGUACCCCUGUUCUAAUGAAUUCUUCCACCCUCAAGUAAUAAUAGAUUCAAUUUAUAUAGCGCUUUUCACGUACUCAAAGCGCUUAAAAAACAUUGAUCAAAUUGGACCCGCUGCAUAAAAAGUUAUUGUGGUGUCCACACAAUAAAAUCUCCAUACAUUACCCCAGCUACACACAUUGGGUCUGCAGUUAUGGUAAGGCAGAAACGUGGGUCGCUGACACAAUCCCUGAAAGCGCGGCCAUUUGCAUUGAAAGGGCAUUUUAUUUCAAGCACACCAGUCCCAUGACAAUCACAGGUCACCACACCAUCUGGCGAUGCUCCUACUAUUGCAGAGUUCUUCCAAGAAAGGGUUCCAAUCCAGGAUAGCUUUUAACAGUUACUUUAUUUGUUAAAGUAUUUCGGUAUGGUAACUAUGGAGCAAAAGGAGGUGGAAGCGUGUUGAGCACGUGCUGAGCGUCUCCCAGCUGAUCAAAAACAUUAACCCUAUGUCUAAUAGCAGCGAGAAGAUUCUGACGCGAGAAGAUUCUGACGCUAACGUGAUUUUUUUAUCACGUUGGCGUGAUGAGGUAAAAGUGGAGCUUUUGUGUUAUUUUCAAUAUCUUACCUGCUCCGGUGUGAGAUGAAGCUCCUCAAAACGCCUAGCAGCCUCCUCCAGCAGUGAGGGCAAAUCCAUUUCAAGACAGGCGCUUGAGUACAGAGUAGGGAGAGGUGGUGGCAAAUCCAACUGUACAGUGUUGGGAAUGUAUCUGAUGGAAUGGCCUUCAACAACUGACAAAAUUGCACUUUUCUUAGGGAUGGCCUCCUGGUUUUCACUGCUGUGGAGCUGUUCAAAAAACUGCUUGAGCUCAUCAGCGGAUGGUUUCAUUUGAUGGUGGUCGUCUGGUUUUUUAGCCUUCUCCUUUUGAAAUAUGUUUGAUAGCUCAUCAUACUUCACAAGUUUCUUGCCUGGGUCUUCCCAUGCACAUGCAUUGUCUGUGCAUGCCUGUCCCUCUCUGCGCUCAACAGCAGCCAGGAGUGAGAACAUUAGUGCUGCUGCGUGGGAGCACACCUCUCCCAGUCCUGCCAUACAAGUGCAGUGUGCCAUGACGACAGUCCCUUCCUCCUGCACAACUACCCAUGGCCAUGUGGGCUUAGUGUUAAGAGCUUGUGAAUGAAGGACCUGUUAAGUGAAGAACAAACCGUUAAAUAGUGAAUAUCUGUUCAAAAGUUAAUUCUCCUAAUAUUGCUCUAAUGGGUGACAUAAUGAUAGCUGGAGUCAUAGAUCCUAUCUAGUUCACAAAUGACAUGACUUUCUUCUGUAAACCUUUUGCAUAACUAAGAGAUGAGAUCUAACCAAAAUAAGAAAUUGCAUUGUUUGUGCCAGUUUGCCAUUUUAUUUAACUUGAAGGUCUACUCCAAAGAUAACUGUUAACUCAGGUAUUGUAUUGUAUCCUUUGUGCUCUGCAGGUUCCCAAGAAACAGCAUUGAACACAAUUAGUUAAUUUAGGGAAAGGAGACGAUUGUACAUUAUGACAUAACCUCAGCAUAAUGUGCGUCAGUUUGUUUGGAAAUGUGUUUUGGACAGAGACGCAUUCAGUAGUGCUGGGUACAAUGAGGAUGCGCUCUUUUAUUCUCUUUACGGCAGGUAAUGAUAGGUUCUGAAAGAUGGCAUAUCCAUGUAGCUUACUAAUGAAUAAAAUGCAUACAAAAAACGUUGACAUAUGACCCACUAUGUUCUGCUCCAUAUAGGCCUACCCAAUGUUGACAACGUCCCAGCCAAAGAGUAUUGGUAUUAAUACCUCAUUCAUUGUCCAAAAUAAUCCAUAAUAAUUCAAAUCGGGUUGUGUUGUGGGUACAAAAUGAAUCUUGACGAAAAUCGUCCCAAGCGUCCCCGGCGAAAUUAUCGUCUAUGAUUUGAUGACU